GCGGUAGUGCGCAAGAAAGGCAACAGAAGAAAAGGAGCAGGGACGCGACCAAGAAGAAUAAGGAGGAAAAAUAGCAACAAUAACUUGAAAUCAACAUUCCAAGGUGAUACACCAAAAGCUAACGAGCCCAUUGAUCAGCAGAAUGAGCAGCGGCGGAACUGUGGAAAGUGGGAAAGCUCCAAAGAUUGGUUCUGUGGUGGAAGUGAUCGGAAAAGGCCAGCGUGGCACUGUCGCCUUCAUUGGAGCGACCCUGUUUGCCUCUGGCAAAUGGGUGGGUGUCAUCCUCAACGAGCCCAAAGGCAAGAACGACGGCACCGUGCAGGGGAAGCGCUACUUCACCUGCGAGGAGAACCAUGGAAUAUUUGUCAGACAGACUCAGAUCCAGGUGGUCGAUGACGGCUCCAGUGCGACAUCUCCCGACACUCCCGAGUCUGGUGCCUCCAGGAUCCUCAGACAAAAAGCAGAUAUCCCAGAGAUUCCCAAAACAAGUAAACAGGCACCCGUAAGCGCCAAGAAGUCCUCUACCCGCCGUUCUAUCAAGGCCUCUCGUGAGAAUCUGUCAUCUGGUGAUGUCAGCGAGGUGGGCCUGUCCCCCCACCAGGGUGCUCCACUCAUGCCUCACAUCGCAACUUCUGCUCCAGCUACUCCGAGUAAGGAGGAGGAAUCACUGCGGGCUCAGGUGAAGGAUCUGGAGGAGAAGCUGGAGACGCUGAAAGCCAAGCGCACGGAAGACAAGGCCAAACUGAAGGAGCUGGAGAAGCACAAGAUCCAACUGGAGCAGCUGCAUGAGUGGAAGAGCAAAAUGCAGGAGCAGCAGGCCGAGCUACAAAAAAAUCUCAAAGAAGCCAAGAGGGAAGCCCGCGACGCUCAAGAGGCUAAGGACCGCUACAUGGAGGAGAUGUCCGACACAGCGGAUGCCAUCGAAAUGGCCACCCUGGAUAAAGAGAUGGCUGAAGAGCGAGCAGAGUCGCUACAGGUGGAGGUGGAAACGCUGAAGGAGAAAGUGGAGGAGUUGUCCAUGGACCUGGAGAUCCUUCGGCACGACAUUUCAGAGAAAGGCUCGGAUGGCGCCGCCUCCAGUUACCAUGUGAAACAGCUCGAGGAGCAGAACAACAAACUGAAGGAGGCCUUAGUCAGGAUGCGCGACCUGUCUGCCUCUGAGAAACAGGAGCACGUGAAACUGCAGAAGCAGAUGGAGAAGAAGAACGCCGAGAUGGAGACCCUGAGGACUCAGAAGGAAAAACUGCAGGAGGAGCUCAAGCAGGCCGAAGUCACAGUCGACGAACUGAAAGAGCAGGUGGACGCCGCCCUGGGAUCAGAGGAGAUGGUUGAGACUCUAACGGAGAGGAACCUCGACUUAGAAGAGAAAGUCAGGGAGCUGAGAGAAACCGUCAGCGAUCUGGAGGCCAUCAAUGAAAUGAACGACGAGCUCCAGGAGAACGCCAGGGAGACGGAAAUGGAGCUGAGGGAGCAGCUGGACAUGAGCGGCGCAAAGGUCCGCGAGGCGGACAAGAGGGUGGAGGCCGCCCAGGAGACGGUGGCCGAUUACCAGCAGACCAUCAACAAAUACAGAGAGCUCACCAACAGAUUGCAGGAGGCCAACAAAGAGCUGAUGAUGCAGCAGAGUGAAAGUAGCGAAGUGCAACAGCCGCCCGCAGAGCUGUUUGACUUCAAGAUCAAGUUUGCAGAGACAAAGGCGUACGCCAAGGCCAUCGAGAUGGAACUGAGGAAAAUGGAAGUGGCUCAGCUCAACCGGGAGGUGGCGCUGCUCACCUCCUUCAUGCCGGACUCCUUCCUUCGUCACGGCGGGGACCACGACUGCAUACUGGUGCUCCUGCUCAUCCCCAGGAUCAUUUGCAAGGCUGAGCUGAUCAGCAAACAAGCGCAGGAGAAGUUCGAUCUGAACGGCAACCUGGCCCAAGGCAGCGCUCUCAAAGGGCCUCCAGGAGAACAACGCAGUUUUGCCUCUGGACUCGUGUACUCGCUGAGUUUGCUUCAGGCCACCUUGCACAAAUAUGAACAGGCUUUGAGUAUGUGCUCGGUGGAGGUUUUUAAGCGCAUGGGCACGCUCUACUCGGAAAUGAGCUUUCACGAGCGCUCUCUGGAUUAUUUCAUUGACCUGCUGCACAAAGACCAGUUGGACGAGACUGUUCAGGUGGAACCGCUGACCAAGGCCAUCAAGUAUUACCAGCAAUUGUACAGUGUUCAUCUGGCAGAACACAAAGAGGACUGUACCGUGCAGCUAUCUGACCACAUUAAGUUUACUCAAAGUGCCCUGGACUGUAUGGGAGUGGAGGUGGCCCGUCUGCGUGGGUUCCUCGCGACAGGUCAGCAGAACUCCACGCUGGCUGUUCUCCUGAAGGAUUUGGACACGUCCUGCUCGGACAUCAAGCAGUUUUGCAAAAAGAUCCGCCGCCGAAUGCCCGGAACCGAUGCCGUCGGGGCCCCGGCCGCUCUCAAUUUUGGACCACAGGUGUCCGAGGGGCUGACCGAGUGCAGACGGCAGCUGACCCGGGUGGUGGCGGUGCUUCAAGAGGUGGCGGCGGCCGGAGCUCAGAUGUCAGCGCCGCUGACUGAGCAGGAAGGACUGAAUGCGCUCAAAUUGGAGGACACGGCGUGUCAGGCCGUGGAGCAGGUCUACGGCUCUCACGCGCUUAAUGGCACCGAGUGCCUGCGUCAGUCCUGCAGCGCCAUUGUUGCUACGAUGAACAAGAUGGCCACCGCCAUGCAGGAAGGAGAGUACGACGCGGACAAACCACAGGGAAAGAGUCCUCCCGUGGAAUUGAGAGCAGCCACGGUCCGAGCCGAGAUGACUGAUGCCGAGGGCCUCGGAGUGAAGCUAGAGGACAGAGAAGCAGCCAUCAAGGAGUUCAAGAAGUCCCUCAAGAUCAAGGGAGAAGAGCUGAGUGAGGCCAAUGUCCGUCUGAGCCUGCUGGAGAAGAAGCUGGACACGUCCACCAAGGAUGCGGAUGAGCGUGUGGAGAAGAUCCAGACCAAAUUGGACAAGAACCUAGACUUGCUGAAGAAGAAAGAAAAGGAAUUCGAGGAGACAAUGGAUGCCCUGCAAGCCGACAUCGACCAGCUGGAAGCGGAGAAAGCUGAGCUGAAACAGCGCAUCCAUAAUCAAUCCAAGAUGACCAUCGAGGGCUUGCGAGGUGUGCCUGCUUCCGGAAUGGCUUCCGCCGUUCAGGGACCAGCAGGAGGUACAUUUUUAAAGAAGCCGAGAAGCCUGGAUGAUUUCAAGUCAGAAUCAUUGCGGCUUACUUUAUAUCCUCCCUCAGUAGCUAUGUCGCAAUCGCUGGCAGGACCAUUGCAAGUGGUGGACUCUCCUCUCCUCCAGCAGCAGCUUGAAGCUCAGAGACUGGGCAUCAAGCGCCUCAAGACGGAAAACAUCAGACUUAAGGCAGAGAAGAUGAGUGCCCAGCUGGCCUCGCUGCCUCCACUGUGCCCAGCCAAACUGCCCCAAGUGACCAAGGAGAGCUCGGUGCCACCAGAAGGACUGAAUAUGGGCAUCUACCGCCGCACAGACCAGCUGCUGGCUACGCUUCUGAAGCUGAGCGCAGAAGUCAAAGUGGUCGACAUCACCGGGAAGACGUCAGUGAGCGCCAGCGCCCAGCUGCUGGAGCAGACCACCAGACUCCACAACCUCAGCAACGCUCUAGCCAAACUCAAGGGUGAAGUCGCUGAACAUGUUGUGUCCAAUCAACCGGGAGCAAAAGCCCCUUCCGACUUUGCAACCUUCCCAGUCUCUUCUUUCGUCAAGGCAAAGGGAGAGAAGACGGACGGGACAGUGUUUGUGGGUCGUGUCGCCAUUCCUUGUACUCGCGGACAGGAGCAAGUCCACCGUCUGGUCCUGUCGCAGCAGCAACUGCAACAAGUGCAUCGCCUCCUCAUGGUCUGAGGCAUCUUACUUUCCCCUUUUUUUUGUCUGGUUACAACAACCAAAUGAGGCGUAAACACUUUUUCACUCUUUCACUUUACAGGGGAAAUUAGCUCAUUUUUGCAUUUAUACUCUACCAAAUGCACUCCCUGUGUUUUAUGUACAAUUUCUCUAAUAAAACGCAACCACUUAUUGAACGAACUAAA